AUGCAUCCCGACUGCAAUCCUUCCCGAUAUUCUCCGCCUUUACCGGCUCUGACACAAUGCAAAUCUGCUCUACCACCGGAGUGGGGCAGCUGGCUCAAUAUCAUCAGCUGGAAAAGCCACUCUGGCCUGUUCACUAUCUCACCAGGAACGGCAAGCCGCAGCGUCUAUCGUUUUCGACAGCUCGAGCCCGUCAGACAAGGUGGCGUGCCAGACGUGCUCGUUUCCGUCGAUGUUGCCAUUCGCCCUUCGACAUACUACUACAACGGCAUUCUGCAUCAAUGCUGCCGAGCAAUCGUGCAUUCUGAGAUUCGCGUCCGCUUUAUACCCUACGAAUACACGGUUGUCAAAGCGCUUCUUGACGCUGACAAGCCAACGGCAACGAUGCAUUGCUUAGGAGAACAUGCACUGGCAGAAUGUCACCCGGCUGAGCUCGAUUGGACGCUACCAGCGCUUACCACUGAUUGCGCAUUUCACUCUAGCUGGGAUGGAAAGCAGGACGGCUACUUCUCCUAUCAUUCAUCUCGGCAAGCAACUCCGGGGUGCAAAACACUGGACGACGUGCUGUCGUUGGACGUUUCGUGCAUUACCAAAGCUGCCGCCUUGUUGGCCGCCGCCCGGGGAACCGCCGCCGCCAAAGCCAGGAGAACCGCCGCCGCCAAAUCCAGGAGGACCGCCGCCGCCGCCAGAAGGACCGCCGCCGCCAGAAGGACCGCCGCCGCCAAAGCCACCGCCUUGACAGCCGCCGCCGGGAUGGCCACCGGGGGAACCGGUCCUUUGAUGAUAACAAAGAAGGACGGCACAAUCAGAUUCUGCGUGGAAUUUCGUGCCCUCAAUAGAGGCACGGAGAAGAAUGCUUAUCCCCUCCGCUCAUCAGGACGCGGUAACGGCGGUGGGCAGCCCGACGUGCCAGCACACGAGCGAGCAGAGAGCCUAUCCGUAGGGUUUUCGAACCUUCCGGGCGGUCCUCCUGGCUUCGGCGGCGGCGGCGAUCCUCCUGGCUUUGGCGGCGGCGGUCCUCCUUGCGGCGGCGGCGGUCCUCCUGGAUUUGGCGGCGGCGGUCCUCCUGGCUUUGGCGGCGGCGGUCCCCCGGGCGGCGGCAGCCAAGGCGGCGGCUGUCAAGGCGGCGGCUUUGGUGAUGCACGAAUCGACAAUUGGACGAUAGCACGUCGUCCAGUGUUUUGCACCCCGGAGUUGCUUGCAGAGAUGAAAGAGUGUCUCGGUGACAAAUACAUAGCGGCUCAGUACACGUGUGAGACGUAUGGCUACAAUAAUACUACACCUGAUUUUAGAUCUGUGGCCUGCUAUGACGGGUUGGUGAACGAAGAUCUAAGCGAGUGGAUCAGGAAGAUUGUCGAUCUCUUUGAUCUCUGA